UUGAUUGAUUUUUAUUUUUCGAGUGGGAAAACGGAUAAAGAAAUAUUUAGCAAAAUCACCGUCAACGGCGGCGCGUCUGAUUUUGUUAGUUUAUUCCGUGGCCGUGGCGGGAACGGCUGUGAGAAUUCUCCGAGCACGCGGCAUGAACGCGACUCACGAAACGCGGUCCAGACCAGACCAAAGUUCCCUCCCAUUCUGCUUAACCUCUACGCAAACGUCUCAGAUUCUAAGCCGGCUCCAUUCCUAGGACGGAUACAGCCAUAGGAUCAGGGAACAUUUAAUUCUUUCCAAAAGCGAGUGAUGGAGAAUUCUGGAGCUCAGGCAGUGGUUUCGGGGUUCAGGGAUCGCAGACCAGCAGCUCUGGGAGACCUCCGUAUCCUCCCCGACGAAGUCAUCAAUACCAUAUUGGAGAAUCUCACUCCUCGAGAUGUCGCUCGCCUUGCUUGUGUCAGCAGCGUUAUGUACAUUUUAUGCAAUGAAGAACCACUCUGGAUGAGUCUAUGCCUUAACAGUGUAAAAGGUCCAGUUGAGUACARAGGCUCCUGGAAGAAAACGGCACUCCAUUUAGAAAAUAUUCCUAAUGAAUACGAAGACCACUGUAGGAAGCAAUUGCACUUUGAUGGUUUCAAUUCUAUGUUCUUAUACCGAAGAUUUUAUCGAUCCCAUACUACACUGGAUGGAUUUUAUUUGGAUGCUGGCAAUGUGGAAAGGAGAAACAAUAUUUCUUCGGAAGAGUUCCAAAAUGAGUUUGAUGGGAAAAAACCAAUUAUACUUUCUGGCUUGGCUGAUACUUGGCCAGCUAGGAGUGCAUGGUCAGUUGACUAUCUAUCACUAAAGUAUGGAGAUACUGCAUUCAAAAUCUCUCAAAGGAGUACUCGGAAGAUCUCAAUGAAAUUUAAGGAUUAUGCAUCAUACAUGCAGCUUCAGCAUGAUGAGGAUCCCUUGUAUAUAUUUGAUGACAAGUUUGGGGAAGUUGCACCAGAUUUAUUAAAAGAUUAUGACGUGCCUCAUCUAUUUCAAGAAGAUCUUUUUGAUGUAUUGGAUGGAGAUCAGCGACCUCCCUUUAGAUGGCUUAUCAUUGGCCCAGAGAGGUCUGGAGCUUCUUGGCAUGUUGAUCCAGCGCUUACAAGUGCCUGGAAUACUCUUUUAUGUGGCCGUAAGAGGUGGGCACUGUACCCUCCAGGUAAAGUACCUCUAGGUGUUACAGUCCAUGUUAACGAGGAAGAUGGUGAUGUCAAUAUCGAAACUCCAUCUUCACUGCAGUGGUGGCUCGAUUUUUAUCCACUUCUUGCUGAUGAAGAUAAGCCUAUUGAAUGCACCCAACUUCCAGGAGAGACGAUCUACGUUCCAAGUGGUUGGUGGCACUGUGUUCUUAAUCUUGAAUCGACAAUUGCGGUCACACAGAAUUUUGUAAAUUUCAACAACUUUGAGUUUGUGUGCUUGGAUAUGGCACCUGGUUAUCGCCACAAAGGAGUCUGUCGUGCUGGAUUCCUGGCUCUUGAUGAAAAUGGAUUUGAAGAUACUGAAACUUAUAUUUCCAAUGAUAAAGGUAGUUUGAGUAAUUCUGACCUUGAAAGGAAAGAGAAAAGGAUCAAGAUGCUCCAAUGUGAAGAUGAUGCAAAUCAUGAAAAUAAAAUUGGCGCCUCUAAAUUCUAUAAUUUGUGGAAGCAAGGUUUUUCUUAUGAUAUAAAAUUCUUGGCCUCAUUUCUGGACAAGGAAAGAGAUCACUAUAACUCUCCGUGGAGCCCAGGCAAUUGCAUUGGACAACGGGAAAUGAGGGGAUGGUUAUCCAAGCUCUGGUAUGAAAGACCAGCAAUGAGAGAGUUAAUUUGGAAGGGAGCAUGUCUUGCUUUAAAUGCGGGAAAAUGGUUAGAUUGCCUGGAAGAAAUUUGUGCCUUUCAUGAUAUGUCUCCUCCCUCUGAUGAUGAGCGGCUUCCUGUUGGCAUGGGCAGUAAUCCUGUUUAUCUCAUGGAUGAUCGUGUAGUAAAGAUAUAUACUGAAGAAGGUGUUGAAGCUUCAAUAUACGGUUUAGGCACUGAGCUAGAGUUUUAUAAUGUACUACGUAAAGGGAACUCUCCACUGAAAAACCACGUUCCUGAAGUCUUGGCAUCUGGCAUUCUUUAUCUUCAAAGUGGAGCUUACAAAAUUGUGCCUUGGAAUGGCAAAGAAAUUCCGGAUGUGAUUGCUAAGUGCAACCUGAUUCCAGAGAUGUGCCAAGCCAACGAUUUCCYUUUCGGUGUAUGGAGUAAGAAACAAUUUGAAUACAGAAAAGUUGGGCUAUCAGUAUAUGGGCCAAUUAAACCUGCUGAACCAAUAAAUAUAUGGCCAUAUAUCAUUACAAAGCGAUGCCAAGGGAAGAUGUUUGCUCAACUAAGAGAUGCUUUAUCAUGGGAUGAUACUUUGAACUUAGCUUCCUUUUUGGGAGAGCAGUUGCGCAAUCUUCAUCUCUUACCUCAUCCACCUUUUAAUAGUACAAUUUCAUCAACUAGUGAUACAUUUGAGGCUAUUCCUAAUGGAUCAAAGAUUCCUGCUGAGUGGGAUAUUUUAAUUAAAACCCUAAAUAAGAAGAGGAAGGGCAUUUCGGAUCACCUGAAGAAAUGGGGAAGUUCUAUUCCAAGAUCACUGAUUGAAAAAGUCGACGAAUAUUUACCAGAUGACAUGGCGAAGCUGCUAGGAACAAUAGAGGAUGAAAAUGACCUCAAAGUAUUCAUGGGUUUAUCGUGGAUUCAUUCAGAUAUCAUGGAUGAUAAUAUUCAAAUGAAGCCGUGUUUGGUUCAGUCGUGCUUAGGUGGAAAUGCUGGAGAUAAUAACCUGUCUUACAAUGGUUCUAAGAAUGGCUGGAAUGCCACUGAAGAGAGUGAAUCUUGGUGUCCAAGCUACAUACUUGAUUUCAGCAAUUUGUCAAUAGAUGAUCCAAUCUGUGAAUUGAUUCCAAUAUACCUUGAUGUAUUUAGAGGCAACCCACGUCUUCUUCAGCAAUUUUUAGAAAAYUAUAAACUUCCUCUGGCGAGACAAUUGCAACCGUUCGAUUCCGGCGACAAGUUACACAGACUUUCAUAUCGUAUCAUGUGCUACUGCAUCUUGCAUGAAGAGGACAUCUUGGGUGCCAUGUGCAGCAUAUGGAAGGAACUGAAAACGGCCAACUCUUGGGAAGAAAUUGAGCUGACAGUAUGGGGAGGAUUAAAUGACUAUAGGGGUUUUGCAUGAUCCUUUAAAGCAUUUGAUACCUGAAGUUAAACGAUUGACCUGCAUAUAUGGAAACUGCUUAAAUUAAAGAUUGGAUACACUGGUGGAGGCAGUAAUUUGUCAUCAGUAAGGUACGGGAUUCGACAUUGAAUAUAAUGAUCGCAUUUGUAUGUUGGAGAUUUUUCAAAUUGUUUUGUUUCUUUUUAAUUAAAAUGUUGUAAACUUGUCUCGUUAAAGAAAAAUGAAGUAAACGUUUUACUUGUACAAAACCUUAAUUGAAUAUUAUACCAUGGAUACUAAAAUCAA